AUGCCUCUGUCCCACCUCACCCUGACUGUCUCUCACCUCCCAACAUCGACUUCCUUCUUCCUCUCCUGCCUACAGCCCCUGGGGUAUCAUUUUAUUGGUCGCCAUGAUGACUAUAUUGGAUUCGGUCAGAAAUCAGGCGAGCCGGCAGACUUCUGGAUAACAGAACAGAAGCCAGGAUCGCCAGCUGGUGCAGCACAUGUUGCUUUCCCUGCGCCGUCAAAAGAUGCUGUAGGAUCCUUCUUCAUCAGUGCACUGAAAGCCGGCGGAAAGAUUCACGGUGAGCCAAAGACGCGCGACACGGACUCGGGAUACUACAGUGCAGCAGUGAUCGACUUUGACGGCAACAGCAUCGAAGCUGUGUACCGUCCGGGUAUCUCUGCUGCCAAGUCAGAAGUUAGUGCACCAGCAAUUGGCCUGCUUGAGAAUGGGUCCGUGGUGUCCCGAGCUAGCACAAAGGUCAGCUCCGUCAAGCCUCAAAGUAUCGCUCCCUCUGCCAGGUCAGAGGCCAAGUCGUACGUCUCAAGGGCGACUACUGCUGUAGAGCGAACUGCACCGACCAUCAUCUCGCGGGAGAUUCAGCAAGCGCCGUCUCCUACCUAUAUUGUCAACCAUACAACUCACACCACCCAAAAGAAGGACGACAGCACAGCCAAGACAAUCGUUGGUACGCUCAUUGGAGCGGCCGCAGGUGCCGCAAUCGCUUAUGCAAUGACCAAAUCCGAGUCACAGUCCUCGGAGGCCACUCCUCCUCCGCAGUACUCAGCCCGGGAUUUCCCUCAGCUGACGUCUCCAUCGCAAGCUCCCUCGCUAGCUCAGGAACAUCAGGGCUACAGGGCUAUUGACGCUCCUCCCGCCAGGAGCACCUUCUCCCGAGCAGAUGUGCGAUCCACUCUGACCCGUAGUGUCUCGUCGAAGAAUCCUCGUGCGAGCACAAUAUACGAAGGCACAGAGUUCGUCCACCCCCGUGGAGAAAAUGGCAGCGUGUACCUCGACGAAAAUGGGCGUCGUGCCUCGGAUGGGAGUGUCUACUCGGUGAGGGAUAUCCCUCUGAGGGCGAUUGAGUACCCCCCACCGGCCCGUUCGACUACGUAUCCAUGCAACCCCAGCACUCUCAUCAGCAGCUUCCCGGAUAAGUCGCGAGCCAUGGAUAAAGAGAGCGUCUAUUCAGCAUCGACUGCCAAACCAUCCAAAGCCAACUAUCAGGAUUACCACUCUUCCCGCCAUUCCUCGCAUCAGUCAGCGGCCAGAUCCCUGGCCGGAAGCACGACCUCCUCCGCGCGAACGGCCCGUCAGGUCCCGCUGCCCGAAGGAUCCGUGACAUCUUAUGUGUCGUACCGCAGCGGUGCAAAGUCGGGUGUCUCUGCCCGUGAGAUCCCGCUUCCCCAGAGCGUCGUGGAUGACUUUGACAUCCAAACCAAUAUCACGCCGGACGAUUCUAUCAGUCAGGUCGAUUUCUCACGAAGGUCCUCCUACUCCCAUCAAUCCCACCGCUCAAAAGCCCCCUCUCAUGUCUCCAAACGAUCCAGCAAAUUCGACGAACCCGUCCAACCGAGCGACAGCGUCAGUCAGGUCUCGACCAAUGUGUCCAAGGUGUCGCAGAGGACCAUCAAAGCAAACGGCAGUAUAGCUGGGGGGGCUUCCAAGGCUCCAUCCAAGGUCAGCAGUCGGCGAGGCAGCCAGGUUGCCUGA